AGGGAGGCCGGUGCCAACCACCUGCCCUCUGUCUCCCAGUUCUCGUUCCUGAUGACAGAAGCCCUGCUGGUGUUCUCCCCGGAGACCUCGCUGCUCCGCUCCUUCUCCCGCAAAGUCAAGGUGCGGGUGCACUGGGCCCUGCAGCUGCUGGCCCUGCUCUGCGCCCUGCUGGGGCUGGGUGUCAUCACCUACAACAAGCACCUGAACGGCAAGGCCCACUUUGUCACCUGGCACGGCCUGACGGGGCUGCUCACCGUGCUGUACACGGGCGGGCAGUGUGCUGGGGGAGUGCUGCUGCUCUACCCCAAGCUGAUGAAGAACUGGACGUUGGCCAAGCUCAAGCUGUACCACGCCACCUCGGGGCUGGUGGGCUACCUUCUGGGCUGUGCCAGCCUGAUGCUGGGCAUGUGCUCCCUGUGGUUCACCACCUUGGUGACCAGCGUCUCCUGGUACCUCGCCAUGCUGUGUCCCCUUCUCACCAGCCUGGUUAUCAUGAACCAGGUGAGCAACGCUUACCUGUACCGCAAGCGGAGCCAGCACUGA